GUCUUCCUCUUCUCUGAAAUCUCCUUGUGAACCCAUCCCCUUCCCUGCAAGGAGGGUUCAUCUUCUGACCGCCCUUGAAUCCCUAUCGAUUCUUCAUGGGUAGAAACCCAUUUUUUACUUUCUUCUGAUUUCACCCGGGGUGUCCUAACGGCUGCUUUAUCAGACACGAAGUUUGAGAUGACGUCCUGUUUGGACGGUACCACCGUUGUUUGUUUUCGCCCCGCUCCGGGCAAAAUAUAGUUGAACCCCCCUCCUUUACUCGUCAGCUUGGAGACAUGACCUCGAUUUCCUCUUCAUUAUGCCCUUCUAUUCGUUCUCGACCAUUAAGGGGUUAGUUAUCCCGGCUCAACUUACCCUGUUCAUCGUCGAGUUUAUAGCCCAGUGUCCUCACUUGAAAACUUGCCCCACUCUGGAUCUCUUCUUGCACGUCUUUCACUUUUUCCGAGCUAAUACCUUUGAGAGUCAUCGCCUAUUCUUUGCCAAAUCUUAUCCUGACUCCCAUAAAAGCGGGAGGAGUAAGUGGGUUUGGGUUUCUCUGGUUGAGGUCACCUUUUCAUUUACGAACAUGUCGGGUGAGUGGAUCCGGGGAUGGACUAUGCUCAUUCUAAUUGAGGGUAGUUAACAUGUUGCUGCUCUCAUUGCCUAUGGUGCCCCUUUCCUGAUAAGCCAUCAUGUAGGUGAGGCCGGUGUAAUCGUUCUAGAGUAUCUCUCAAGUCAGCCAUGCCUGAUUUAUCAUUUUUUCAUAUUGUGUUGUUCCCAUGUGCUUAUGUAUGUCUUAUUGGUGUUCAGCAAAGGGUGAGAAGAUGGCAUCCAGGUUAGAAAGGCUCUCCGCUUGGGCGGGAAAUACCUCUGGUUCCCUGGUUUCACCUAAGAGAGUCCUCACGAGUGAGUAGCCUACUGGGACCCUGGCUAAUGACCCUCGACCUCCUCUUACCAGGGGGCCGGGAAGACGCAGGCAACUCAGUCCAUCCCUGCUUCCAAGCUAUAGAAGAACAAAACUGCUGCUACUGAUGAUGAGCCCUCCAGUUUUUUGUGGACCUUGACUCUAACUCUGAAGAGUAGUGGGAAGGACCACCCUUGCCUCUGCGUGAUUGGCCUCCACGUUGGUCUGCACUCCCAGAAGACCUGCGGUCAUGAUGAUUAGUGGAAAAGGCUCCACUAUCCAUAGUAUGUGUAGCAUUGGCCGUAGGAAUAAGUGAGGCAUUUAAUGCUGCUGCUUCUGCCAGAUGCUCUUCUUCUAAAAGAAUGGAUUGAAGUUCAGCCAAGGGAAGAGCCUUUUCACGAAUUCGGAUAGCAGACCGUAAUUCGCCAUAAUCAGGCCCAAGUCCGUUGAGAAUAUAGACGACAAGAUCCUCCUCAGAAAUUGGAUUCUGAGCAAGCGCAAGCGCAUCAGAUAGUGCCGUCAUUUCGGCGAGAUAAGCAAGAAUAGAUCGGUCACCCUUUUUUGUCCUGGUCAGAGUUGAUUUGAGCGAUAUGAUACGGCCGCGUGAAGUACUAGCAUAGGUGAGGGCUAAUUUUUCCCAUGCAAGAUGUGCAGUAGACGCUGAUGAAAGAAUAGGUUGAAUUGUGUCGGAACAACUACCAAGGAGAGCACUUAGAAUAACUUUAUCCUGCCGGUACCAGAUGGUGUAACAGGGAUUGAUAUGAGAUUUUGCAGUAUCCAGAAAAUGUUGAGGAGUGGUAAUUGUACCAUCAACAUAGCCUUUAAGUCCUAAGCUGACGAGAGUAGCAUGAACUUGGCAUUUCCAAACAGGAAAGUUGGAAGAAGUGAGUUUGAUGGGAAAACUGGUGGUGGCAGUGACUUGAAUCACCGGAGUGUCGGCAGUGAUGGCCAUCGGAGAGGAAACAAAACAAAAUUAUGCUCGUAUGAGGCUGGCUCUUGAUACCAUGUAAAGUAUGAGUAAUGGAUGUGUAUAUUCAAUGAAUCAUACAAUGUACAUAGUCCGUAUAUAUACAUACGUGUGAGCUAUUGUGAUAAGAAUGGAUAGCUACAAUUGUGGAGAUAAAUAUGAAGUAACAGCCGUAUGCUAAUUAUAUGUACAUGAUAAGUCUAAUAAUAAUUAUGAUGCGUUAAUACGCCUAACCAUGCGCUGUGCUACCACCUUGCUGCAUCAUGGGAGCGUGAGUCCUAUUGCUCUAGCCCAGACUGUUACUCCUAUGGAUGUUGAAGAGAUUAGCACACUAACUUCUCGAGCUGUAUUACUUUGCUUUCAAUCUCCCUUGGAUUCCGUUGUUAACUUUUGCUUUUAGCUUCCUAAGGUCUUGGUUCCUCAGACCUUCAGUCAGCCGCCAUCUCUCGAAGCUUAGGUUACGAGAAGAAGGAAGUGAGGAAGACGACCUUGGAUAACAAGAAGGCAGUUUCCGUUCGGAGGCCAGGCUAGCAGCAACAGUGGCGGUAAGGGUGAGCACGGCGAAAGAGCUGGAGGAGCUGAAGAAGAGGAAUGAAGAGCUGAAGGUUGCCCAUCGCGCUGUGGAGGAGUCCCGGAGGGUGAAGGAGGAGCACUUGAAGAAAGAGGCUGCUGAUGUCGGUUGUGCCGCUUUGCAGGCUUAUUUAGGUGGUGAGGCCUUUUGAGGAGAGGGGGAGAAGGAACUGGUCUCCCGCUGAGCUGAGAUUGCCUAGACGUGGCUUCUGACUCUGGAUGGCGAGGCCAAACUCGAUGAGGAGGGGGGCACUCUGUUUUGAAGUAGCUACAUUCCCCAUGCAGCAAUCUAUCUACAAGCUGUUAAAGGAAAAAGACCCAUCCUCUGCCAAAUCCUGGGGGUUGCCCGAUGACUUGGCCAAUCCUGAAGCUCCUAGGAUAAUGUUGCUGCACCAACCCCGGAUCCUUUCCAAGAAGAGUCCUGAUUCCUCCCUCUUUUAAACAAUUAUUCAAACACUUUUUUCCAGACCUGCGUGCAUGUGGAUGUUUUCAGCCCUCGGGGCGGCAAUGGUGCGGAGAAGUUCCAGUUGACUUAGGCGACCCUUGGGGUCGUCCUUACUUGACCCCGUGCCUUUCCAGCAGGAUUUUGUGAAAUUCUUACUUAGGGAUCCAUGGAUUCUUGGGAGGCUAGUGUUAGUUGGAUCAGCUGGCGCUAACAUAAAAAAGUUGAAAUAAUAGAUCAUUUUCGAGAUCUGCAGUGAACUACAAUGCUGGAGCACAAACAGUAGCGUCAAAUAUAAUAAUGGCAACAGCUGUUCUGAUCACUCUGCUGUUCCUCAUGCCAUUGUUCCACUACACACCAAACCUCAUAUUAGGAGCCAUUAUUAUCAGUGCUGUGAUUGGACUUAUCGAUUACCAGGCUGCUUUCCGUCUAUGGAACGUUGACAAAUUUGAUUUCUUGGCUUGUAUCUGCUCCUUCUUUGGCGUCCUUUUCAUCUCAGUGCCUCUUGGCCUUGCCAUUGCAGUUGCAGUUUCUGUGUUCAAGAUUCUUUUGAAUGUGACAAGGCCAAAUACUUGUGUUCUAGGAAAAAUUCCAGGAACUCAGGUAUAUCAAAGCCUAAGCAGAUAUAGAACAACCACUAGGAUACCUUCUUUCCUUGUGCUCUCUGUGGAAGCUCCUAUCUACUUUGCAAAUUCCACCUACGUACAGCAAAGAUUGCUGAGAUGGCUUCGGGAAGAGGAAGAGAGGGCCACGGAAAAUGGAGAAAGGCCAAUCAGAUGCAUAAUUCUUGACAUGUCAGCUGUUACAGCCAUAGACACAAGCGGUAUAGAAACAAUCCGGGAACUGAAAAGGCUGUUAGAGAGACGGUCGCUUAAGCUUGUAUUGGCUAAUCCUUUGGAAAACGUUAUGGAAAAGUUGAACAAGUCCAACUUUCUUGCAGAGCUUGGCAUGGACGGGUUAUACAUGACAGUUGCAGAAGCUAUUGCAGACUUGUCCAUAUUGAAGCCUAGUACUACUACUACUUUUAAUGAAUCUUGAAACCACACGGGAACUCAGAUUUGUAGUUCUAGCACCCACUCGGAUGUUAAGUUUGUUUCAGGAGGUUUCGAUUGUAUGCUCUUGUAGGAGGUUUCAAUUUGAUGCGUAGGCGAAUCUCAAGAAAUUGCCCAAUAAGUGAGUAAAAACAAGUGGUUCAAUUCUCCUAAACAUAGUAUCAUGUUUCCUCUAAAUAGCAAUAAAGUAUUGUUAUAUGAAAUUAGUAUGAUGCAUUGGAUACCGGUUGUUAUACCGCGGGGAGCAGCCCAUGGUGAGCAUCAUACUCUCACAUAUUGAGCAUUUCUUUAAAAAUUAAAGAAGUGUAAUUCACGUUGAUGGGAAAUGUAAUUGGAGACAAGUCAAAAUGUAAGUUGUCUGAUACAAAGUACUCCCUCCGUCCCUUUUUAAAUGUCCCAUUUUACCAUAUUGGGAUGUCCCUAUUUAAUUGUCU